AUGGCAGAAACAGCAAACAAUGGUGAAUUACAAAAUGUUACUUUAAAAGAUAUAUUCGAACAGAUCAAAGAGGUCUUUUCGACCUAUAUCUCCAGUUAUGUUCAUAUUUUAAACAAGUUUAUUGGUAUAUUACGUAAAGUAUCCACUAUGAGAUUUGAGAGAUCAACCUUAAUUAAGUACGUAAAGAAAUUGAGAUUUUUCAACGAAACUUUGUUAAACUAUGAGUUUCCUCUAUUGACUAGCUCAGAUAUCACUACAGUUAGAUUACAAGUGAAAGCAAUAGGUUCAUUCUUUAUCAAGUUUUUAGAGAUGCAAGAUAUACUGAACUAUUAUUUGACUCAAUCAGUACAGAAUGAAGUUAUUUCAAAGACUUUGAAUUAUAAAUUGAAUUUCCCAGAUGCUGCAAUCGAACGUAUCGAAGACAGUUAUAAUCAUUUUGUUAAGUUUACACAAUGGAUGAUGCAAUCCUUGUUAAUUGAUGAUGAAUUGUCUCAAAUUGAAGUAAUCCAAUUUUCAAUAAAAUGUGCAGUUGAAGAUAAUGUUGAUCUUACUCAAACUACAAACAUUUUUCUACAAGAAGUUGCCCCUGUCGAAUCAUUAGCAGAAUAUAUGGAACUUUCUGAAGAAUGGGUUGCUAUCCUUAAGGAUUUGAUUGCAAGAAUGGAGAACGAAUUUUCUUUAGCUGUUGUCCAAUGGACUGAAGCCACUGAAAAGAAGAAAUAA